AUGGCAGUAUCUUUAUCUUGGCCUAUUUUGGGUGUGAUAAUUCCUUGCAUUUUGAUUGCAGGGCUUGGUUAUGGCGUUCACUUUUUUGUUUUGGUACCUACAGGCGAAAGCAAAUGGAAACUCUUGAGUUUCCAGUUUGCUCUUACGAUGAUUUGGGUAUCAUAUUAUUUAGCUAUACGAACACCACCAGGAAGCCCUCCAUCAAACUUUUCACCUCCACCCGGCACAGUUCGACGAUGGUGUUUUAAAUGCAACGGAUAUAAGCCCGAAAGAACUCAUCACUGUAAAACUUGCAAAAAAUGCGUGACCAAAAUGGAUCAUCAUUGUCCUUGGACUUACAACUGUGUUGGAUUUAAUAACAUGCCUCAUUUUGUUCGUUUCCUAUUUUGGGUUGAUAUCACCACUGGUUACGCUCUUUUUAGACUGAUUAAACGGUGUAUUGAAUUUUAUCGGCUUAGAAACAUGCCUUCGUAUUUAAUACCCAGUUCUGAAAUACUCAUGACAAUACUUCUCACACCUGUUACCUUUUUUGUUUGUUUUACAGUUGGGCUACUUUCAAUACGUGUUCUUAUAAAUGUCACAAAUGGCUACACACAAAUUGAAACAUGGGAAGAGGAAAGAUUAGCUUCAGCAAAAAGACGUGGUCUUAUACCUCGAAACACUAGAUUUCCUUAUGAUCUUGGAAUAUAUACUAAUCUUAUAAAUACCUUUGGUCCCAUCUAUACUUGGCCUUUGCCCUGGGGUCGGCCCACUAUUCUUAACAGAUCUGACAGUUCCAAAAACGCCAUAAAGUUUGAGCGAAAUGAAAGUGGAUAUGAUGACGAGGGUAAUGAACUUGCAUGGCCCCCAGAUGUCUUGACGGUAGAUCCGUCACCAGAAUAUUUGGAGCAACUUAGCCAGCAGACUGAAUUAUUAGAGACCAAUAAUGAAGAUGAAAAUAAAGAAGAAAGAGAAGACACAUCUAAUCAAUCAGAAUACAUCACGCAAACACACCAUCGCAGAACAGGCUCUGAUAAUCAUUCUAACGAUUCGGUACCUAUCACAUUUGCACAAACAGCACAACUUCAGCAACAACAAUAUCAGAAUAGAAAUUCAAUAGAAAUGUCAAACAUUCGAAACUUUUCUCAACCCCCACCAUGGCUGGCCCAACAAUAUAACAGUUCUGAUAAUAGUCAUAAUAUUAUUCCAUCAUGGCGUCAGGCUAGUAAUGGAGCUCCAAGAAGUAACAAUGAUUUUUAUAGUCGUGAGCUAUGGUCUACCUUUGAAGGAGAAAAAUUAUCCGACUAUGGUGUUGACCUAGAUUCCGAAGUUGAUUUUUCUAUUUACACUAUGAAUCGAAACAAUUUAAACUCUCAACAACCUCACACUUCAUCAUCUAAUCAUGAUCCAAGAUUAUUAUCUCGUUACAAUUUGCCUAAUGCAAAUUUGCAAACAACGUCAACACAAGAGUUAACAAUAAAUAAAUUUCCAACAGACCAAUUUAACAGAAGUGAUGAACAGACAUCAGUUGCAGAAUCAAUUGGCGCCUCAUCUUCCGCAGCUCUUUCUCGUUCAUCCAGUCCGCUUCUUCGACAUUCUCCUAGCUCAAACUCGCCUUUAAACAUGAAAAGUGUAUCAUUUUCCACUCUUAAUGAUGGAAAUGGCAUAAACUCUACAUUACAAUCACCAAUUGACAGCAUCGAUUCCCGCAUAGAUCACAAAGAUGAUGGCCUUGAAGAUGAUGAAAACUUUCUUAGAGAAUCAUUGAGAAAAUUCGAAAGUCGAGAAACCAAAAUAGAGGGUUUGGGUGAAAGCACUUCAGGAAAUACCAGUGUUACUGGCAUUGGUUCCUACAACGAAGAAGAUUUACCUUUAGCUAAGCUCCUUGUAAUGAGAAGGCAGGAAAAGAUCAAACUUAGAACUCAGUAA